UGUUGACCGAUGUACACUUGACAAUGUAUCAUCACCACUGCUCAACAUGAGGCUCGUCACCAUUGUCGCUGGCCUCGUCGGCUUCUCUGUCGCCGCUCCAACUAACCAACCUCACGGCGAUGCCCUCGACACUCGCGCCCCAUGGCCCAACGGCCCCCUUGUAACCUCCGGCCGUUGGAUCCGCGAUGCCUCUGGUACUAACCUGACCUACGUCGGCGUCAACUGGCCUGGAGCAGCCGAUGUCAUGAUCCCCGAGGGUCUGCAGUACCAAUCCAUUGAGACCAUCGUGUCCAAGAUCAAGAGCCUUGGCAUGAACGCCAUCCGUCUAACUUUCGCCAUUCAAAUGGUCGACGAGAUCUACUCCAACGGAGCGAAGGAUAUUACCCUCCAAAAGGCCUUCACUCAGGCUCUCGGGUCGACCAAUGGCCCCAAGCUGCUCAACCAGGUCUUAGCCAAGAACCCCCAGUUCACGGCGAGUACUACCAGGCUGCAGGUGUUUGACGCCGUAGCGGCCGAGUGCGCAAAGCAGCACAUCUUUGUCCAUUUGGAUAACCAUAUCUCCAAGGGCAUGUGGUGCUGCUCGACUGACGAUGGAAACAGCUGGUGGGGAGACACGUACUUUUCCGCAGCCAACUGGACGAGAGGUCUUGCUUAUAUGGCUAACCAUGGCAAACAAUGGACAUCCCUCAUGUCCAUCGGCCUCCGCAAUGAACCGCGCGAGCCUACCUCUGGGGCAGCCAAAUCCACAUACAACUGGCAAACAUGGUACACAUACAUGAAGCAGGGCGCCGAAGCCGUGCACUCCUCGAAUCCCGACCUUCUCAUCUUCUUGUCCGGCCUGUCCUUCGAUACUUUCCUGACGCCUGUCGUCCGGGGCACCGCCUUGACCCCGGGAACCGGCAAGUUCAGCUUCAACGACUUUCCCAGCUACGCCAACAAACUCGUCCUCGAACUGCACAACUAUGAAACGAGUGCCAACAGCUGCAACAAUCUGCAAAACAACUUGUACAACAAUGGAUUCGAGGCGUUGACGAGCUCUGCGGUGAACCAAUUCCCCGUGAUGUUGACCGAGUUUGGGUUCCAGAUGGAUGCGAGUACGUGGAAGGGGACGUACGCUAGCUGUCUGGCAAGCUAUUUGCCCGCCCAGAAGGCUGGCUGGUUUAUCUGGGUACUGGCGGGGUCGUAUUACAUCCGGUCUGGCACGCAGGAUUACGACGAGGGAUGGGGGCUGCUGACCCAUGAUUGGAGUACGUGGAGGAGUCCGAGUUAUGUCAACGAGGCGUUGAUUCCCAUGGUCAAGGACACCCUCAGCUAGAGGCUCAGCUAAGCAGCAAAUACACUAUCCCGCCCAGUUCUUCACGUUUAUGCCUCUGCAUUUUCCUCCUUUGCCUCCUCCUCAGCCUUAUAAGGCUCCUCCUCCACAUACACAUCCCAAUCAUACUUUCUCCCCACAUGAUCCGCUCUCAACUGCUUCUGUCCCCUU